AAGAGACAGCGCUGGGAGAAGACAAGAUGCCAUCAAUCACUCUUCCGUCGAUCUAUUCGCCUUCACAAAUCAAAUUCGCCGCCAAAAACCGCUUCCACCUAUCUACUGCUCCGCCGCCAUCAAAUCGAGCUUGUAUCUCUGUUUUCAGAUCAUACACACUUAACCAGAAGCUUGUUCAUCAUCAGAGAAUUGUAUCAAUGGAGGUUAACGGGAAACAGGCGUCUGAGAGGUGUGCAGUAGUUACAGGAGCAAACAAGGGAAUUGGCCUGGAGACUGUCCGGCAGCUGGCAGCCUCAGGCGUUACGGUUGUGUUAACAGCUAGGAACGAGAAGAGGGGAACGGAAGCUGUGUCGUUGCUGCAUAACGAGGGGCUGUCGAAUGUUGUUUUUCAUCGGCUCGAUGUUGUAGACAAGCACAGCAUAGAAUGCUUGGCUGAGCAUCUCAAAACACAAUAUGGAAGGCUUGAUAUCUUGGUAAACAAUGCUGGAGCUUCUGGAGUAGUUGUUGAUGAAGAUGCCUUAAGGGCCUUGAAUUUAGACCCUGCAGACUGGCUUGCGGGGAAAGUUACCAAUUUGAUUCAGAGUUCAAUUAAGACAACCUAUGAGAAGGCAAAAGAAUGCCUGGAUACUAACUACUAUGGUGUAAAGAACCUAACUGAAGCACUUAUUCCCUUGCUGCAACUGUCCACUUCAGGGGCCAGGAUAGUAAAUGUCUCUUCUCUCAGGAGUGAAUUAAGGCGAAUCCCCAAUGAGCAGACGAGGGAGCUGCUCGGGGACAUUGAGAAUCUGACAGAAGAGAGAAUUGACGAAACUCUGCAGAAAUUUUUGCGUGACCUGAAAGAGAACGCGCUUGAAGCCAACGGCUGGCAACUGAUGCUACCUGCGUAUAGCAUAUCAAAGGCGACGCUGAAUGCCUAUACUAGGCUUCUCGCGAAGAAGCACCUGAGUAUGUGCAUCAACUGUGUGCACCCCGGGUACGUGAACACAGACCUGAACUGGCAUACAGGACCUUUGACUACAGAGGAAGGAGCUCAGGGUCCUGUUAUGCUGGCUCUCCUGCCUCAGGGAGGACCUUCUGGCCACUAUUUUGACCAAACUGUAAUGGCUGAAUUUUAAGUUCUUUCCAUUCUCUAGCUCAUCAUUGCAUACAAUCAGCCAUUUGAUACAACUUUUAAUGA